AUGAGCCAACUUCAGGAACGCUCAGAAGGAGUUUGGAUUAGAAAAUGUUUUAGAAUAAAAGAUAAGCCAGAUCUAGUUAUAUUUUUUAUUCCAAAUAUUAUGCUUUUUAGUGCAGAGCCUUAUGUUUAUGUCGAAUAUCUCACGACGUUACAUGGCUUACUUCUGAUGCAGGGAUUCGACAACCCGGCCGUUUUUCUUACGAAAGUUCAAAGAGAAUCCGAAGGAUGGAGUUAUCAAUACUAUUUGGAGAGUAUAAUACAUAUUUGGAUCAAAAUAACUACAUUAUAUCCAGAUGCAAAAUUUGUACUGGCUGGAAGUUCAAUCUCAGCCACCUUGAUCAUAUCUGUACUUGAGCAUAUUGCUUCGGAGGAAAAUCCGACCGCUAAACCUUAUGGGGCUAUUUUAAUCUCUCCAAUUCCAAUAUGGCAUAUAAAUAAUGGGAGGAAUGCCUCAAUGAGUAGAAAAAAUAAGGGUGAUUUUAUCACCGCUUCCUUAUUGAAAAAAAUAUCCUCUAUGUGCUUGUCAGAGGAGAUGUCAUAUGAGAAAUUUACGAAUGAGAGAUGGAAAAAUGCUUUUCCUGAAGGCGGAAUAGUACUUUCAUAUGGUAGCUGUGAAAUAGACUUACCUGAAAUCAAGCAAUUAGCUUUUGAGCUAGGAAAAUUUGGACGAGUUAAAUCCCUAGAAAGAGCCGAUGGAAUCCACUGCUGGCCAAUGAUAUCAUUCCUUACAGAAGAUGCACAAGAUGAGAAAGAAGAUAGUUGCUUUGUUUUGGCCGGAAUUAUAGCCAGAAUGAUUGUAUGGCAAAUGACGGCAUAUAUGUCUCCUAAAUUUGCAAGAAAUUCUAUGAAUGUUCUUACGAUAGAUGAUUCGCAUAUUUAA